UGGACGCACAGCUGUCCUCUAACAGAGCUUCAGAUCCGCUCUUCCUGUGGAUUCUUCUUUGACACUUUGCCUGCUGAGGAAUUAGUCUGUCUUUUUUUAUGUUGCCACCUCCAGAAGGAAAGCCUGUUUGAGAUGUGAAAGAGAGUUUUGGUUUCACGCCUGGCUGAUACAGAGCGUAUCUGCUGAGACCGUGCUGUUUGGUGUAUGGAAGAGGCUUUCUGUCAUGCUCUCUGGUCACCAACUGUCAUUUCAAACAGCAAGGAGUGUCCUCUCUUCCUAACAUUUCACUGGAUUUCCAUCUGAAGUGCCUGGAGCUGACGGAGCAGGGACACAGUGAAAGGAGAUACACAGAAACAGACACUCUUCAUGAAUUCCCCCAAAACCUAAAGAAGACAACUAGUGCAAGUUGGCUGGUGGACUUGAGGUGGCAUGUGGUUGAUGAGUAUGGCUUGGUUGUGUCUCCCAGCCUACUCUGUCCUACUUAUCGGUUUCCUUCAUAUGGCUGUCACAGAAAAUGAUGUCACACCGCGCCUCAGCUUUCCCUACAAUGCAAAGGAAAGGAAAACCAGAAGCUUUUCAGCCAAUGGAGUCUUCAACUUCACCUCCCUCCUUCUCAGUAGUGAAGACAACAUGCUGUAUGUUGGCGCCCGAGAGAUUUUGUUUGCUCUCAACCUCUCUGAUAUCAGUGCAGCAAUGCUACAAAGAAGUCUCACGUGGAAAACUCCAGAGAAGAAGAGAGACGAGUGCAGUUUCAAAGGCAAAGAUCUUCAGAAAGACUGCUUCAACUACAUAAAGAUUUUACUGCGUAUGAACAGCACUCACCUGUACGUCUGUGGAACGUAUGCCUUCAGCCCAAUCUGUACCUACAUUAGGACUGUGGACUUCUCUUUAGUCAAGAGUGAUGCUGGUGAGAUUGUAACAGAGGACGGACGCAGCCGCUGCCCAUUCAACCCAGACUACAAGUCUACUGCCAUCAUGGCUGAUGGGGAGCUGUAUGCAGGCACAGUCAGUAAUUUCCAAGGAAAUGAACCCAUCAUCUACAAGAGCCUGAACCAGGGAACUGCUCUAAAAACAGAAAACUCUCUCAACUGGCUUCAAGACCCGGCCUUUGUUGGCUCAGCUUACAUACAGGAGAGCCUGCCCAAGGGCAACCUUGUGGGCGAUGACGAUAAGAUUUAUUUCUUCUUCAGUGAAGCAGGGAAGGAGUUUGAUUUCUUUGACAACACCGUUGUGUCACGCAUCGCUCGGGUGUGUAAGGGCGACAUUGGAGGCGAACGUGUAUUGCAGAAGAAGUGGACCACUUUCUUAAAGGCCCAGCUCCUGUGCUCGCUGCCUGAUGAUGGUUUUCCCUUCAACAUAAUCCAAGACAUGUUUGUGCUCACGCCGGGCCCCGAGGACUGGAAGAACACCGUGUUUUAUGGCGUCUUCACAUCUCAGUGGUACAAAGGUGCAUCAGGAAGCUCUGCAGUCUGUUCCUUCACCAUGGACCAAGUGGAAAAGGCUUUUAAUGGGCGAUACCGUGAGGUCAACAGAGAGACCCAGCAGUGGUACACAUACAAUCAUCCUGUCCCUGAGCCUCGGCCUGGAGCUUGUAUAACAAAUGCAGCCAGAGAGCAGGGCAUCUCCUCCUCACUGCACAUGCCAGACAAGGUACUGAAUUUUGUGAAAGACCACUUCCUGAUGGACAGCGUUGUUCGCAGCCAACCUCUCCUACUGAAACGCAACGUGCGCUACACGCAGAUUGUCGUCCAUCGAGUCCAGACAAUUAAAAAGGUGUAUGAUGUGCUUUUCAUUGGCACAGAUGAUGGGAGACUCCAUAAAGCCAUUAACAUCAAAAACAAGAUGCACAUUAUUGAGGAGAUUGUGAUCUUCCGUGACUCCCAACCGGUGCAGCACAUUGAGCUGGACACUAACAAGGGUCAGCUUUAUGUUUCAUCUCUCUCUGAAAUUGUGGAGGUCCCAGUAGCUAACUGCACUAAUUAUCAGAGCUGUGGGGAGUGCAUCCUCUCCAGGGAUCCAUACUGUGCCUGGAACGAGAGGCAGUGUGUGGAUAUCAGGAGUGCUCCCGCAAGCAAAGCCCAGCAGCAGGAUGUAGAUGAAGAAAAUACAUCAGCUAUUUGCAGGAAGCCAAGCCCACGGGUUGCUAAUCCUCCACCAACACGAGUGUCUUCAUGCCAGGCGAUCAUUAUCCCAGCCAACACUUUCAAAGUACUGCCAUGCAAGCUGCGCUCUAAUUUGGCUGAGAGAAAGUGGCAGUUUAGUGAAGGCACAGGUCACUUCCACUACCCCAGCCCAGAAGGGGGACUGGUGGUGGUCGCUCAGGCUGGCAGGCAGGAAACCUACGAGUGCUGGUCAGUGGAGGAAGGCUUCAUGGAGCUGCUCGCAAACUACUGCGUGAAGGGCGAAGCCAGGCAGGAGAGCACCACCCUGACGGGCCGUUCCCGCACACCACAGCUUUCCCAGGAAGAAGUCAUCUUUCUGCCAGGGGAAACCCGCUCUCCACAAAUUACCACCAAAACCUACUGGAAUGAGCUGAUUGUUGUGUGCGCUCUCCUGGGGAUUUCUGUUGUGGUCUUCUCUCUUUUUGUAGUCUACAGGAACCGUGACCACAUGAAAUCCAUGCUCAAGGAGGGAGAGUGCCCCAAUAUGCAGCAGAAGAAGCCCAGAGUAGUGGGCAAACCAGCUGAGAACUUACCACUAAACGGCAGCACAGUCACAACAUCGGCGUCAGAUCACAAAGGGUACCAGACCCUUAAUGACAACUACCUUUGCAGCACUCCACCGCAUGAGUGCUCCUCGCCUGACAACACCAAGAGUUUUUCGGAGUCGGAGAAGAGGCCUCUGAACUUAAAAGAGAGCCAUGUAGAAAUUUCUCCCACAUGCCCACGGCCACGAGUCAGACUAGGCUCUGAGAUUAAAGACUCCAUAGUGUGAGCCUGGCUGAAAAGAGCUGGAAAGCGUGCGCUUGUUGGGGAAGACUAAACUUUAUAGGAGGAAGAAUGCAGCACUCUAACAGUGACACAUUCAUUACAGAUAUUUUGCACUUUCCCUACUUUUGUUCUGUCCCUGUGGUUAAAUGUGCAUUUAGUUUUGUUUUUCUCUUUCACACAGUGCAUUUGGAGCAUCUUCCAGUUUGUCUUCUGAUGCACUCACACAUGGCUCACAGGAAUGUAAGAAGCACAGAGAUGGAAUCAAAACCACUAGUUAGGGAUUGAGUUACAGGGCAUUUUAACUUUCUCCGUCCAUAUAAUACACUGGUAAUGCUUGGAAAAUCCGAAUAUUACUCAACAUUUAUGCCACUGUGACUGACACAGUGUCUAAUGUUUUCUUGUCAUUCUGCCAUCUGGUAGGUAUCCACUCUUCACUGAGGCUAUGCACUACUUACUGUACUUUCCCAAACAUCACAGCAUAGGCAAGCAUGUCAGAAACAGACAGGAAAUACACAGCUUUUCAAUAGUAGAAAUAUGAACAGAAAAAGUGUAUUUAUAAUGAUACAAUGCCUUUCAAAAGUAUUCAAACUCUGUACUUUUUCAUAGUUCAUGAUGUCACAACCACAAAUCUUUAUGUUUUAUUAGGAUUUUAUGUGAUAAAUCAACACAAAGUAGUAUAAUUGUGAAGUACAUGGUUUUACAUUUUUCUUACAAAUAAAAAUUUGAAAGGGCAGUAUGUGAUCACCAACUUUACACAUCCUUAGACUAAGAUCUUUGACCAGUCAAUUUGCAAAAUAAGAUUGGAUUGAAUGGAAUGUGUUUUUGAAUAGCAGUUUUCAAGUGUUGCCAUGGAUUCUGAACUAAAUUCAAGUCUGGUCUUUGACUAGGACACUAACAUAUGAAUAUUCUUUGAUCUAAACCAUUCCAUUGUACUUCUGGUUUUAUGUUUAGGGUUGUUGUCCUGCUUGAAUGUAAACCUCUGCUCCUUGUAGCCUUUAACAGAUUUUCUUCAAGGCUUUCCCUGCACUUCGUUCUAUGUCAUCAGGUCUCAGCAGAUUCCAUGUUUCUUUUGAAGAAAAGCAUCGACACAGCAUGUUUCGAUUUGGGGAUGUUGUUGUCAAGAUAAUGUGGAGUGUUAGUUUUUCACCACACAUGGGGUUUUGCAUGAAGACCAAAUAGUUCAGUUUUGACCUUUUCUACCAAAGCACCUUCCUCAACAAUGACCUCCAUCUUGUUACUUUUCCCAUUGAGGUCAGAUUUGUAGACUAGGGAAUUAAAAGCUGUCUUCUCAACAGAGUCCCCCAGCUGAGCUGUGCAUUUCUGCAGGUCCUCCAAAGUUACCAUGGACCUCUUAGUUGCUUCUCUUAUUAAUGCUCUCCUUGCAAAGACUCUCAGUUUAGGUGGACAGUCAUGUCCUGGUGCAUUUGCAGUUGUGCCAUUCUAUUUCCAUUUUCAGAUGAUGGAUUCAACAGAUGUUCAAGAAAUGUAAAGCUUGGGAUAUUGUGUUAUAACCUAUCCCUGGUUUAAACUUCUCUAGAACGUUUUCGCUGAGCUGUCUAUUCUGUUCCUUGGUCUUCAUGAAGCUGUUUGUUCACCAGUGUUCCCUGACAAGCCUCAGAGACCUUCACCGAACAGGUGUGUUUAUCUUGAGAUUAAAUUACACACAGAUGGAUGCUAUUCACUGCAUCCUUUUUUCUUACCACUUGAUGAUUCUGUGUUACUUUGUGUUGGUCUAUCAAAGGAAGUUCCAAUAAAAUACGUUGAAGUUUGUGGUUGUAAUGUUACAAGGUGUGUAAAAGUAUAAAGGUUAUGCAUACCCUUGCAAGACACUUUAGAAAACACAAAAAGCAAAGGGGUCAUUAAAAAUAUUACAGAAAUUCUACAAAUUCAAAUGCUACAUGAGAAGAAGACAUAAAUGAAGACACGUGUGUUUUUUUUUAUUUAUGUAAAUAUUACUUUGACAAAGUCUUAAGAUGAAUUUUGACAUUUUCUGUUUCUACAUGUGACAGAGACAAAAUCUCAAUUCAGUUAUCAUCAUCUUAAUAUUCACGAGAUUGGCAGUCUAUGCAAAGCAAAUAAUGUGAAGUGAGGUAUAAAGACAAAGGAUAACCUCACCUUGAGACUGGGUAAGCACAAGGCUUUGUUGCUGUGAAUUACAUUAGAAUCGGUGCCACUCAAGAAAAAAACACAACUACUCAUUAUAGAAUCUUCAAAUAUGCAGCAUAUUCUAGCCAUUUCUGGAGCGUUUCAGAGCAGGAGGCAGUGAAAACUUUGACAGGCUGGCAUGACAAAACAGGAAAAAUUAACAGGGUCCAGGACUGUUAUGUAAAUCUGUGGCGGCUGAUUUAUUGCAGCAUGAUGGAACUGUAUAAAUAUUUAUCAUCAUAAUGUGGCCAAAUGUUUUGGUUGCACAGAAACAUUUUUUAUAACCCCUUCUUCAAUGUUUCAAAUAUCUAUCUGUUGUCACUGGGAAGUAGUGAUAAAUAUACAAAUAUUCAGACUUAAAUGACACACAUCUGUAUAGCCUCACCAUAAAAUUGUUAGCCAGUACAUGAAAAGAAUAAAAAAUCUUAUCCAUGAAAAGAAUAAAAAACAACCUCUGCUUGCUUAAAUGGCUUUGAGCGAGUCAAGGGACCAUCAGAGCAAUAAAAUCCAUUCCCAUCCGGAGAUAAACACAAGAAUCAGUGCACUGAAUAAUCGUAUUUAUGCAGAAAUAAUGAACAAUAAACCACAAUAACCACUAAAUUCAUGGAUAUUUCAUCAUAAGUAAAUGAUGCGUUAUUUUUACUCUAGCAUUGUCACAAAAUAAAGAACGUACAACUUCAUAUAGGAAAGACAUAUAACUGUGGAGUUUGCACAUGAUCUUAAAAAGCCUUUUUAUGUCGCAGGUUGUGGCUCUUGAGGAUAAAUUUGCCUCUGCAAAUAAGAUAAAAAUGCCUUCUGAAACAAUAAUCAGGUGAUGUGCCUCUUGAGAUGAUGAACUAACCAGGUAUUAGAGCUUUAGAGUUAUUUGAGACACCGCAAGGUGUCAAAGAAAUGGCCAUACAUAGGAACAAUUGAAAACAGUCAAAAGAUGUGUACUGUCAUACAAUAGUGGCACAAUCGUGUCACUGUCAUUGAACAUAGCUCAUGAGGUAUUUCAUUCAUUUUGUUCACUGACUGGGUGGUUUCAGCCUCAGUCAGGGACUGAAUUUUAUUCUUAAAUCACAAUUCAAAACCACAUCUUAAAAAAUAUACAAGUAUUAUUAUCUAACAUUUCCUAUGAAAGUGAUUUAUUUCUGAGACUGCCUAGCUGCAAUCACUCAUGCAGUGUAAAAGACUCAUGCUUUGACUGUUAACGUACCGAAAUGGCAGCUUUUGGUGAAGUGACUGCCAUGAACAAUAAUAAAUGUGCUAUAAUCAAAUGCAUUGUGGCGGUAUUUUACGCAAAAAGAUGUACAAGUACGUUGAAUACAAGCUGAAGCUAAUAAUGACACUGUAAAAGUAUUGACGUCUGCUAUCUCCUAAUGAACCACUAUAGUCAGGCCUUCUGUUUGACAGCACACGUUGCUCAGACUUCUGUCAACAUGCAUUGUACAGCUAGUAAACAGGUUUUUGUAAAGUUAUUUUGUAAAUUCAGCUGCCAAUGUACAGGUAUUGUGAAUUGUAUUUUUGUAUCAUACAUCACUACUGUUUUUUUUUGUUUUUGUUUUGGUAUUGUAUAUAAAAAGCACUUUAUUUUAAUUUUUCAAAUAAAGAUUAAAAAAGA